AUGCCUGAAACGUCGAGACUUUUUGAACCCCUCAGGGCCGGGAACCUCACACUCGCCCAUCGCAUCGUCAUGGCUCCUAUGACCAGGUUAAGGGCAACCGUAGACGGCGUAGUCACUGCCAUUACUGCAGAAUACUACUCACAACGUUCAACUAUUCCGGGAACCUUGCUCAUUUCAGAAGGAACAAGCGUUGCUGCCGAAGCUGGAGGUUUUCCCAAUUUACCAGGAUUCUAUAACGAUGCCCAAGUUGAGGGUUGGAAAAAUGUUGUUGAUACCGUCCAUGCCAACGGAUCAUACAUUUAUCUUCAAAUUGCAGCACUUGGGCGGGUGGGAUACCCUGAAGUCCUUGCCGCUGGUGGACACCCAUACGUAUCCUCAUCACCCGUUAAACUUGAAUCGCGAUCAGAAACUCCGAUAGAGCUCAGCCAAAACGAGAUUAAACGAUAUGUUGGGCUAUAUGCGGAAGCAGCUCGAAGAGCUGUUCAUGAAGCUGGGUUCGAUGGAGUUGAAAUCCAUGCGUGCAAUGGGAGCUUAACAGAGCAAUUUAUACAAGAUGUCGUAAACAAACGAACCGACGACUAUGGAGGCUCUAUCGAGAAUAGGUCUCGCUUUCUGCUUGAGGUCGUUGAUGCCGUGAUAGAUAAAAUCGGGGCCAGCCGCACAGGAAUAAGGUUCUCGCCUUGGAGCAAAGGACAGGAGAUGGGGAUGAGAAAUCCAAUACCAACAUACACCUAUAUCAUCUCUGAACUCACCAAGAACCAUUCCGAGCUAUCCUACAUUCACAUGAUUGAGCCAGGGAUUAAUUCAGCGGAUAAUGGGACUACACAAGAGCUUGACGAGGGAGUCGUGGCUUCGAAUGAAUUUGCGUACCAACUCUGGUCCCCUCGCACUUAUCUCACUGGUGGUGGUUACGACCACCUGUCUGCCCCAAAUACAGCUGAUAAACUCGAAAAUACGGCGGUAGUUAUUGGACGUUUGUUCAUAUCUAAUCCUGACCUUCCUCUUCGAAUCAAGUUUGGGUUGGAACCCGUUGCUUCUGAUCCAAGCACCUAUUACAGCACAGGCCCUGAAUCUAUCAAAGGUUACACCGACUACCCUUUGCUACCUCAAGUCCGGGCUUGA